GCAUGUGUGUGUGAGUGUGUGCGUGCGUGCGCAUGCGUGUGUGUCACAUUUGCACGCCUCUUCCUAUGUUUCACUAUUACACAACACCGCUCCAGUUAUCGUAGGCUGAUUACCAAUAACCAUUUUCUCCGUGUUUCACUUUGUUUCACUCAGUUUCCACUGAGGCACUAGAAUGAUUUUGAGAAGAUGACAAAUUUCAGAAUGUUCUUGAAAAGCCUACUAGGGUUGUAUGUAAUAUUUUCUGGGGAGCAUUUUGGAUUCUCUUUGAUGACAGCUCGGCAGCCUCAGAGUCCGGACGUCAGUAUUUCGCUGCCUCUCAGCGGGAAGCGAAGCCUCGUGGUGAGAUGGCUGGUAAACCACGGCAACUUAGUGGGUAACAUUAGCGAGAUCCAGGUCGGCCGUACUGAAAACCACAUCAUUAUCCACAGUGAAAAUGUCAGCAUUUCUUCUGCAGAUGAACACACGUGGUCGUGGACGUCCGAUCUGCCUCUGGAGUGUGUCGAUCACUCCGUCAGGAUACGACAUUUCUACAAACAGUCUGUUGUGAGUCACUGGAGCAACUGGACAACCCACCCUGGAGUCAAAGCACACGGCGAGGUCAUGAUCUUCCCCUUCCAGGAGGCGCUGAGAGAGGGCACCAGCGCCGUCGUCUGCUGCGUCUGCCCACCGGGAGAAAAUAUAACGGAAAUGGUUGUUGACAACAGAAGCCGUCCACGGAUCGGCAUUGGAGCCGGAGUCCAGGCUGUGACCGUGGACGACCUGACCAUCACAGAGCCUGACAAUCCACACUUUGGGAGCUGCUACCCAUUGAACCUGAGCUGCAGGGACACAGCAGGCCACAGCAGGGACAUCAUAAACUACAUCACUACUCCUCCUCCCAAGCCCAGGAACAUCAGCUGUGAGACUUCAGACACAAUAACUGUCAGCUGCAUUUGGGAUCUAGGCAGAAAACAAAAAGAGUUGUUUUGCAACUCUCAGACCCAGACUCUCCACAUAGAGUAUACAUUUUUCUCUUGUCAUAAUGAAUUUCCGACCCCUCGUCUGCAGUUGAAGGGUAUAUUCUCCCUCCUGUCGUUGCUGAACAGGAACGCCGACCAGGCUCCCGUCGUCUGUCAGCGUUCCUCUUGCUCUUUUCCUGCCAUCCGGCGUUUGGAGGAGUACAGGAUCAGGGUUGUGGUGAAGAACCAGGUGGGAGAGGAGGCAGAGAGUCACAGCUUCAACAUCUCCGACCGAGUGCUUCCAGUCGUGCGGUGGGACGCGGCGGAACCCGGGUUCACAAACGCCACCGUGUCCUGGACCGUAGAGGGGAACUUGACUCAAGGGAGCGUCCUCUGUCAGGUCCAUGCAGCCCCACGUGGCACCGCUGAACUGAGCUGCAGGAGCGCGGACGGUCGCUGCAGAGCCCGGCUGGAGCAUCUGGUUCCCAACACCCGCUACUCCACGAGGGCCCGCUGCUCCGUCAACGGCAGGUUCUGGGGAGGAUGGACACCGCCGUCCUCCUUCACGACCCUUCCGCUGGUGUCUGUGAAUUUGUGGAGGACCAUAAAGCAGCGGUCCGACCCACCCAGUCGGCUGGUUACGCUAGUGUGGACUCUGGAGGUUCCUGGCUCUGCAACCGAGGUAGAAAUCCAAGGCUACGUGGUUCAGUGGUGGCAGAGAGGCCAGAACAGAACAGAGAGGAGGGAGCGCCGGAACCAGACGGAGGUUUCCAUGGGCCCAGAGCAGCAGCACUUCACCGUGGAGGCCGUGGUCCGCGGAGGCCGCUCUGUCCCUGCACACAUCACCGUCCCAGAGGCAGAGGACGGAGAGAAGCCUCCGGCAGAGAAGAAGCUGAGCAGCAGCACCGCAGGGGGUUUCAAUCUCUCCUGGGCUCAGCAGGUCGACACCACCUGUGGUUAUACUGUGGAGUGGUGCAUUCAGGGACACACCGCUCCCUGCACUCUGCGAUGGGUGAAGAUUCCAGAGAGAAACAACACAUUACUCCUUCCUGCCGGAAACUUCCGAGCAGGUUGCAGGUAUACGUUUAAUAUCUAUGGAUGCACUGGAAGCGGAGACCGGCUGCUGGAGACGCAGACGGGAUACUCCCAGGAGCUCAGUGACGAAUCGUUGCAGGCUCCGCGUGUGGUGCAGCCCAUUCAGAGGACGUCCUCAUCCGUGACUCUGACGUGGAGCUACGAUGAGGACGAUCCUGAGCAUCCGGCCUUCAUCACUGGUUACUUGGUCAGAGUGGAGGACACGCUGCCAGGUCACAGUGCAAAUGUGUUCAACGUGUCGGUGGCGGAUCCCCACAGUAAGUCUGCGGUCAUGGCCGGUCUGCAGGAGAACCACGAGUACGUCUUCCAUCUGAGCGCGCUCACCAAGAACGGGCCGGGACGAGCAGUGGGCGUCACCGUCAGGACCACGACCAACUACUCCGCUCACUUGGCCAAGACGCUGACUCCCCUCUUCCUGCUGCUCGGCUGCGUCGUUCUCCUGUGGCCCCGAAGGAAAAUGCUGAAGAACGGGCUGAGGGAGAUUUUCAUUUAUCCGGCUGGAAUGAACAUCAAAGUGUCUGAGUUGGACGCCUUCCUGAAUAAAGCUGAGGUGAUAGUGCCGUCUCACAGACCGGAGGAAUGCGUCAGCUGUGACAUAGAGAUCCUCCAUCCCAGCCCUCCUCUGGAGGCAGCGACCUCGCUGGGAGACCCGGACCCCCUGAGCAAGCCGCCCUCUCCUGGAAGACGCUCCCUCGCCUCUCUCUCAUCUGCUUUCUUCCAUGACGACUACUGUCCACAGUCGGCCUUGUGGCCGCAUGAUCAGCACACAGGCCUCAUGAACAAGAGCUACUUCUGCUCCGUGGCCGAGGAAACGACAGGUUCACAACAGAUAACAAGCAAAAUCCAAUUAAGCCUUGAACCCGAGGGUCCACAGGAGUCGUGUAGUGUUAUCUAUGGUUAUAUUGCCAAAGAAAACCUGUAAGAUAAGAAACCUGUGAACUGAAACUGUUUUCUCUGCUGUGUCCAACAGCUUAACCUGCUGAUGCUGUCAGGUUUUAGCUAGAGAGGAACUGGAGAUGUUAUCUACAGGAUGCGAGUUGUAGAGCUGAUAAGGCAACUGAACGAGGCACAUGACAGAAGUAUAUGUAUGUAUCCAGUGAACGCUAUAAAAAGGUUAUGAUGAUUCAAAUUCAAAAACUGCCAUGAAUGAUCUGGUCAACGAAGCAGCGAGCGGGUUACGUAAUAAUGGUAAAUGUAAUACUGCAGGUAUGAGGCCAUAGGCAGAUUCUGUAAACUUGGAGCCAGUACAAGAUGAUUAAGUAUGCAAAUAUGGCAUUCAGCCUAAUACAUGCUGCUUGUUGAACUGCUGGACAGAACAACAAAAAAAGAUGAUUAAGUCUGUAUUCACUACAUUUGCAAAGAAAAUGUGGAACUUGCCAUUAUGCUAUGAUUAAGUCUAUGUUCACUACGUUUGCAAAUAAAAUGUGGAACUUC